GCAGCUACAGGUAAGGAAAAGCCCCAGAAGUGCUUGAAAUGUGGGAAGAGCUUCAGCCAGAGAUCCAACCUUAUCCGCCACAUGAGAAUCCAUACGGGGGAGAGGCCCUACAUAUGCAAGGAGUGUGGGAAGAGCUUCAGCCGGAGAUGCAACUUGACUGUCCCCCUGAGAACCCACACCGGGGAGAGGCCCUACGAGUGUGAUAAAUGCAGAAAGGGGUUUCAGACCAGCUCUGAUCUCCUCAGGCACCAGCGCACUCACACAGAGGAAAGGCCCUUCCUCUGCCCUGACUGUGGGAAAGGCUUCAAGAACAACUCCUCCCUUGUCAGCCACCAGCACACGCACACCCAGGAGAAGUCCUGUGAGUCUCCCGAGUGUGGGAAGAGAUCCAGCCACAAGUCGAACCUGAUUGUCCACAAGAGGAUCCACACUGGCGAGAGGUCUUACGAGUGUGGGGAGUGUGGGAAGAGAUUCUGUCAGCGCUCCCACCUGGUCUACCACCUCAGGAGCCACGCUGGGAAGAAGCCCAACGAGUGUGAUAAAUGCAGGAAGAGGAAGGGCUUCAGGGACAACUCCACCCUUGUGAUUCACCAGUGCACCCACUCCGGGGAGAGGCCCUAUGAGUGUCCAGAGUGUGGGAAGAGAUUCUCACAGAGCUCCUGCCUGAUUGUCCACAUGAGGAGGCACACAGUGGAGAGGCCCUAUGAGUGUGAUAAAUGCAGAAAGGGGUUUCAGACCAGCUCUGAUCUCCUCAGGCACCAGUGCACUCACACUGAGUGUGAGAGGCCCUUCCUCUGCCCUGACUGUGGGAAAGGCUACAAGUACAACUCCUCCCUUGUCAGCCACCAGCACAUGCACACCCGGGAGAGGCCCUACGAAUGUCCCGAGUGUGGGAAGAGAUUCAGCCACAAGUCGAACCUGAUUGUCCACAAGAGGAUCCACACUGGCGAGAGGUCUUACGAGUGUGGGGAGUGUGGGAAGAGCUUCUGCCAGCGCUCCCACCUGAUCUACCACCUGAGGAGCCACACUGGGAAGAAGCCCAACAAGUGUGAUAAGUGCAGGAAGAAGUUUCAGAUCAGCUCUCAUCUUGUCAGGCACCAGCGGAUUCACACGGAGGAGCGGCCCUUUCGCUACCCUGACUGUGGGAAGGGCUUCAAGGACAACUCCACCCUCGUGACCCACCGGCGCAUCCACUCUGGGGAGAGGCCCUAUGAGUGUCCAGAGUGUGGGAAGAGAUUCUCACAGAGCUCUAACUUGAGCAGACACCAACAAAGCCAGCACUAA